AUUUUUUAAAAUUGUUUAAAGUGUUUUAAUUUGAGUGCAUCUCUUCUGUCGUUAUAGUACUUUGAAGGUUUGUGGAGCAGAGACCUUUUGCAAGUGUAAAUAAACAACUCGAUACGUGCUCGAGGAUUCCAUAGCUGAGUUUAUUUUAUUGGAAUCUGCAAUAAACUAACAUUUUCAAAGAAAAAAAAAGAUACGAAAAGAUGUCGAAAAAACUAGCCGCAGAGAAUAGCGUUCACAAGGAGCAAGAACCAGGUGUAAUUAGCAAUGCAAUGCUCACGAAGGCCAUCAUCGAGCAAGGCCAUAAGGGGGAAGCCGGCCGGUUGGCGCGCAUGGAUGAGAUUCAGUUGGAUCUGAUAACCGUCAUUCGGUUAGAGUUUCAAAAUAUUCUCAAAAUUGAUCACCUCUGGGUACUGAAGAAUUUGGAAAUUCUAUCCUUGGCGUUCAACAAAAUCGAUAAAAUUGAAAAUCUUCACCGGCUCACCAGACUUAAAGAGCUGAACUUGUCCUUCAAUUUCAUUGAGAAAAUUGAGAACCUUGACCAGCUGGUGCUACUGCGAACGUUGUCGCUGUUUGGAAACCGUAUCAAAAGGCUGGAGAAUUUGGACCGGUUGGAAAAUUUAGUUAUCUUCAGUGCUGGAAAGAACAAAAUCGACACCCUUGACGGAUUGGAAAGGCUGAGGUUUCUGAAGGAAAUGCGAUCUUUGAACUUGGCGGAAAACCCAAUUGCCGAGGACAAAGACAAGCCAUUGAGACUGUACGUGGCGUGUUUGCUGCCACAUUUGAAAUAUUAUCAAUACGUGCUUAUCAAACCGGAGGAGCGAGAGGCAGGGAAAGAUAUUUACACUCGUGAACUGCAAGAUAUUCUGGAGAAUGAGAAGUUUGAGAUCAUCGAAAGGGAACGAAUCGCGAAAGAGAAAGCCGAUGAGGUGUAUCUAUCGAAAAGCUUCGUCGAACAUCUCAAUGGGCACCGAUUGUUUGAAUCGCUGUUUAUCGAAGACCCUGACGGUGAAGCACUUCUGGCAAUUGGCGAGGAUGCCGUGGAGCUAAAAAAUGAGUAUAUGACCGAAGCCUACACAUUCACGCAGCAGAUAUACAAAAUUGGCCUGGAGCAGUACGAACGUCGCCAGAAGGAAAUCCAGCUGUACAGUCGCUGCAUCGAGAUGGAACGAAAGAAAGCGCAAAAUAUUGGACAAGACAUCAUCAAUCGUUUUUUGGAGGUGUACAACCGCGUUUGCCCUAAGGUGAAGCAAAUCGUGACAGAGCUGAGUCGGAAUUCUCCCCUACAGACUGAUUCGCCUUUGUCAUCGCCGUCGGCGCAUAGCAUUCAGCCGUUUUUGGAUGAACUUGAUUUGGCCAAGGACGAGUUCAAUUCCAUCUUCGAGGACUCGUGGCACACGUUGAUGAGCAUCGAGAUGCAGCUGUUUGAGCGCACUGAAGAGGGCAAUUCCAACUUCGAGAACACCAUCAAAGAGAUGACCAAUGAGUUCAUCGAGCUCUCGCAAGCCCAGUUUGUGCUGAUGCGUGAGGCAGAGAUCAAUUUCAGCGAUGCGCUCGUUGGAAUUGUACAGCAGUUCGUGACAUUCAAGGCCGCGUCCGGCCAUGCCAAGGAUAUUCCCACAGGAUUGCAAGAGUCCCUGGACGACAAAGAUGUAAUAAACAAUCUGGCCGCUGGAAUGCGUGAUCACCAUAUGCAGGUGAUUGACGCUCGCGAAGACAAACUGAUCAGCCGGAGCCGUAACUGGGUCAGAGAACUCUGCGACGGACUGCAGCAAUCGGAGAUCAAACGGAACCGUGCCAAAGUGCUCGAGAUCACGUACUUUUUGGACCACCAUCGUCAGCUGUUCUACGCGUUGUUUGAGGACGUUAUGCCAUCCAAGGGGGAAAAGAAACGACUGUUUUCGAAGGUUCGCUUUGAGGAUGAAUGAACGAUGUUAGAUGUACCCAAUAUGGAAACAUACUGAUAUGCUUCUAGUUUUUAAGUGAUUUUGAUACACGAAUCUAUUUACAUACGAUUUAA